AUGAAAGGUAUAAAGCCAUUGGAGGUUGACAGAUAUUCCGAUGAUGUGGUCGUACCGCAGUGGCUGGUCAAUCGGGCUACUCACUUACUUCGUACGGCAGGAUGGAAUACUCGUGUGAUAGAGUCAACGAACCCCGGAGAGGAGGGCCAAGUACAGUGGGAAGAUAAUGAUGAUUCCCUUUUCAUUGCAAAACUUCAUGAUUUCACUAAGACGACAAACUCGUCUCCAGCACCCUGUAAACGUCCGCGAAUAGACGGUCCUGAUGAAAAAAGCGCAUGCGGUGGUGUUCUAAAUCUGGUUGCAGUCGUACCUCCUGAAGUCGAAUGUCCUCAUGCGCAUCUCAUCCCCGGUUGGGCUGUCUAUUUCCCUCGUGGUUCGCUGCUCAACGUGUUCCAUAAAACAUUGAAUAAAUUAAAACCGCUGCCUACACAGCUGUCACACUUGAAGCGAAUCGACACGUGUCGGAAACUGGUUGAUCCCAAAUCGGCAUCUGUGUUCCUCGGUCCAGCUGAAGUCGGAUUCCGUAAAGAUGAAGCCAUCUCUCUUGUAUCUGAGGUGUUUACUACACUCCAACUAAGCCCGGACCGAGUAUCUGCAUUCCGAGUAGUGCCUUGUUGGGUGCCCUUUGCCCCGCCUAUCACACGUGUACAUCAGAAGCUUUACGCCCCAAGUGAUCAUUCUCAUGAUGAACUUCUAGUUGGGUGGCCUACGACGCUACGGACCAGUCCGACACUAGAGAGUUUGCUCCAAGUCGGCCGUGGUCAGUCCUCCUACUUCACACCGGAGCAAACUGCCUGUCAGCAACAAUGGCUAACCGAAGUUGAACAUUUGAUUAAAUCUCAGGAAGAGACUUCUUCACAGUCGUGCUUGGGGCCGAACGGACCGGUUUGCGCUGCAAUCAUCGUGAACCCGGAUAAGCAAACUGUCAUAGGCAAAGCAGUGACACCCACGUCCAGCACUCCCCAGAGCUCAUGUCUGGAUCAUGCAGUCUUUCUCGCCAUUGAGCAAGUAGCCAAUCUGCAACGCAGUCAACCUGCAUCGGAACAGGAGUUGAUGUAUCUAUGCACCGGACUUGAAGCAUAUGUGACCCAUGAACCCUGUUUCAUGUGUGCAAUGGCCUUGGUCCAUAGCCGAAUUCGUCGUGUGUAUUGUCGCCAACGUAAUCCGGUCUACGGUGGUUUUACCGGCCGUAUCCGAAUUCACGCAGAACAAAAGUUAAACCAUCGAUUUGAUGUUUUCGCACCAGCUUCUUCGGACUCAUAG